GGAAGGCACAAAAAUCGAGUUUGACAAGACUGCAGUUUCUGAAUGUGAUACAUCUUCAGUAAACAGUCUUCACGGGAAGAAACACCGUGACAUGUGGACAGCAUGAAAAUAAGACAGUUGGAACAAGAACCAGCUCUGCACACAACGUUUUUUUGCCGUGAAAUAUUGACCAGUGUCACUAUUGUUGCUAUAUAACACUAAGUAGUUAUUGCAAGCGACAUCGUUUCCUAUCCCCAGCUGGUUAGGCCGACAGGGAACUUCGUCUUUGGGUUGCUUGAGCAGCCAUGGCCGCCGUGGAGAAACCUGCUUCAGGAAGACUAAAUGUUGGCCGACACCUGAUUAACUUUGGUGUCAAUCCUGCAGCUGUGGCUUAUGCCAUGACUACUCUUGGAUCUGGCAUGAUAAACAAUAUAUUCAGCUUCUACUAUGUGAAGCUCUUUAUCAAUAAAUACAAGGUAUCAGAGGGAGCAUUCCACCAAUCACAGGUGGUGUACAUGGUGUGGAAUGCAGUCAAUGACCCUCUCUUUGGCUACCUGCAAGAUAAUUCGAGGGUGCCGUGCUGCUCUCAGCGACGUCUCUCCAUCCUGUAUGGUGCUCCCCUCUAUUCGCUGACUUUUCUUCUGGCCUGGUUCCCAUGGCGGUCAUAUACCCCCGGUGACUGGUUGAGCGGCUUACACUUGACAGUGGCACUGUGCGCCUUUGACGGCAUGCUGACUUUUGUGCUGCUGGCACAGUGUGCGUUGUUUGCAGAAAUUUCCAGCCACCAUCAGAGCCGACUAAGACUUAUAAAGUACAACCAGGUUGCUUCUCUUGUUGGCUCCUCCAGCAUCCUCUUCUGUGGCGUGCUGUCAAGAAACAUGGAGGACUUUGCAGCCUUCCAAGCCUUCGCAGUGUUUGUUGCUGUGGUCAGCUGUGGCUGCAUGCUCUACACGGGCUUCCACAGUGAGAGCCGCUUUGAUAAGAAAGGAUCUGAAUCAGAUGCACUGUCCUCCGUUGACCAGACUUCCCAUCAAUCAGCAGUUUCCAUCUCCAUGUUAAGAACUUUGAUGUGGCAAAUCCUGACCAACAGGGACUUCCAGCUUUUUGUGCUCAUGAACUUCUUCCAGGUUUUCAUGUUGGCUUUCUUUAAUAAUUUCACCAUGAUAUUUGCUGAGCACCUAAUUCCUCCAGAUGUGCUUCCAUCAAUGGCCAAGAGCAUCAUGUACGGAGCGGGAUUCAUCUGUCCACAGCUGUUGGUAUUGAGCAGUCAGAGACUCCUUCAUGAUCUUGGCUACUACAGGAUCAUCCUCUUCACCUUCUACAUGGAGGCUGGAAUGGCGGCUGUCAUGCUAGCACUCGGCUCUCAGCACUACUAUAUCCUAGCGUGUUUCCUCACUGUUAACAUGGUCAUAAUCCAAGCAGCCUUCAGCCUUUUUGGUUUGCCCUUGGCUGACAUCAUUGACACAGACCUGCAGAAGUACAAGCGCAGUUCCCCUCUCUCCUCCAUGGUGUUUGGGACGAAUGCUCUGUUCACUAAGCCGGCUCAGUCUCUGGCCCCUAUGAUAGUGCUGAAUAUCCUCAACCAGUUUGGAUAUGAACAGCUGAAGGAAGCAGGGAGGGAUUCAAAUCCAAGUGCCCUGGAGAGCCUGCACAGCGUCAUGUUCUACUUGGUGUGUCUAGUGCCCAUGUGCGUUGCUGCUCUGCAAGCCCUGGCUUGGAGGCCGUUUUCCAUUCGCAGCAGUCACACCGUUGACACAAAGUACAUUGACGGCUAACUUUCAUAUUUCCAGCUGGGAAAUUCUUUAUUGCUGUUGGAAGUAAUGUGUAAAUGACUCCAUGGGUAUACGGAUAAAUAUAUACUGUAAAUGCAUUGUUAACAACUGUAAAUUAUCUUUGUGUGCUGACUGGUGACACAGAGUAGAUAAAAAUAAUCACUUUUCUAGAUCCCUACAAAUACUUUAUCUUAAGGCCAUAAGGCAGUCCUUUUCAAACAUAUUAAGGGGAUAACUGGACCAAACAUAGCAGGGAUCAUAAUACUUUGUUAAAUGUCAGACACAUUGACCUCAGCAGGUAAUUAGCAGGAACAUACUGUAUGAUGGCUGUGCUUUGUGAAAAAGGGACUAAUUCCUCAAAAGUGUGUGAAAAAUACAAAUUUGUACUUAAUAGAGGAACUGUAGCUGUCUUAACCUUAAAACUGAAUGUUUGAAAGUUGAUACAGAAAUAAUUGAGCAGCAUCCUGAAACAGAAAGGAUACAUACUGCCAGUGGAGAUUAGCUGACAUCCAAUUAAAAAAAAUAUUAUGUCUGUACGGUGUGCAGCUUGAGCAGCUAAAGGUCAGAGCUCUUGAACCAAGACAGGUUGGGGACAGGAAGCUAGAAGAUGAAAUUAAAUGACUACUUACUGUCGACUGACUACCUAAUAUGUAGGAGCACAUAAUGCCUCGUCAUAUGGGCGAAGGGAGAUUGGUACACAACUGUAAAGAAUAUUAAUUAAUGUGGGUUUUUCAAUCAAGGACAUUGCAGGGUUGUUUUUGGUCGUUUGGUUAAGGGGCAUUAUUCUAUUGUGACAGACACAAAAAAGACAUCACAGCUAAAAUCUGUAAUGUUUUUUAGUCAACAUAUCAUUCUGUUAUACCCAUCUGUAGCGGAGAAAGACUAAGAGCGAUUAAUUUACCCUGCUAACGCUCUAUAUUUUGCCCAAAUGCACACGCUAGCAGCAUCACAAGUCCUAUCAGUAUAUCAGUCUCAAGCAGAUAUGGUGAAACAGGUCUCAGUUUAGUUGAGCGGCACCUGGUUCAAAACUAAUUUAAAUAAAUAAUUUUACUCACUUUCAUUUUCUCUGGAGAAACAAGGGUAAAAUUUUUGAUUUUAUUUGAUUUUAUUAUUAUAAAGUUUUUCAGAAAUGUGUCUUUUAAACACAAGACGUACACAAAACAUUCAACCAAACAACAAAGAAAAAUGCUGCCAAACAUAUAAUUACAGCAGACAUUAUGAAUAAGUGGCUGCAGUGCAGUAAAUAUCAUCAUAUUUGCUGUAAACGUGGACAAAAUUACAAUACUAGCUUUAACUCCAGCCAUGCUCCAGAUUGCAGUAAUUCAACUUGAUGCUCUGACACUUAUUUACAUCUGUGCAGCCAAUGAAAUACAGAGCUGUAUUUCACUGCAAAUAUAACCAGUACUUGAGUAACAUUAGAUCAUAUUGGGUCAUAUCACAACUUUUAAUACGUUAAAAAAAAUGCACAUAGACAUAUUAACAUCACGUCAUUGUACAGAAUGUGACACAGCAAGAUGCCUCAAACAUAUCAGGUUGUUAAAUGCCUUAAUGAUGAUUUACAACACCAAAAGUGAAACCUAUUCUUUCUUAGUUUAACAUUGUCUACCAUACACUGUACUGUAUAACAACUAAAGUCGUCUGUAAUGUGCCUUUUUGUCUUUACAUUGUUUGUAAUGAUCAACUUAUUGCAUCUGAAUGUGAAAUGUUUCUCUGGUUUUUGAUCAGAAAUGUACAGAACUAUACCCAGAAUGACAUGUUUACAUGUUUGUUUGUGAUUUCCUUAUAUGUCUUCAAAGUGUUGGUCAAUAAUUAGAUAAUGCAUUUCUUUACUUACUGUAUUUGCACUGUUGUAAAUGUAAAUUACGUGCUACUUUUUACUCUCCGUUCCUGGAAGUAAAAUUCACUCUAUUUUUCUAUAGAAUGGCUCAUUAGCCUAAAAUAUAUGGAAGAAAUUAAAUUGAUGAAUUAAAAUUAUGUGACCACA